AAUGUCACGUCUUUUAUCCGGAAUUAAAGUUGUCGAGCUUGGUGGCCUUGCUCCAGUUCCUUUUUGCGGCAUGAUUCUUGCAGAUUUUGGAGCCGAUGUUACUGUUAUUGAUAAGAAAAACCCAACAGUCGAACAAAGGAUGAAUCGUGGAAAGUCGAUGAAGGAAUUUGAUUUGAGAAAAUCUGAAGAUAUAAAAAAGGUUCGCGACCUCUGCCGUACCAGUGAUGUUCUACUUGAUCCAUAUCGGCCAGGAACCCUUGAGAAAAUGGGAUUAGAUCCGCUAUCAUUAUGGAAUGACAAUAAAGGACUUAUCAUCUGUAGAAUCAGUGGGUAUGGUCAAACGGGAAGAAUGAGUCAAGAAGCCGGUCAUGAUAUUAAUUACGUGGCAAUGAGCGGUAUGCUUCCCACAUUUGCUGGAGCAGAGGCAUCGCGUCCAUGGCCACCGGUCAACAUGCUUGCAGAUUUUGCUGGUGGUGGUUUGUCAGCUGCAUUUGGAAUUGUCUCCGCAAUUCACGCUAGAACUCACAACGGAGGACAAGGGUGCGUUCUGGAUUGUUCAAUGACCGAAGGUGUUGCAUAUUUGGCAUCUUUCGUGCAGUAUUACUAUGAACAAUCUCACUUGUUCACUGACAAGUAUGCGGCAUUUACUGGCGAAUGUCCUAUUUAUCGAACAUACAAGACAAAAGAUGGUAAAUUCAUGGCUGUAGGACCACUCGAACCAAAGUUCCAUCAGAAAAUGUUUCAAGUUUUGGGUGUAAAUGGCGAUGAUCUGUUUUCGGAACCCGAGAGGAUCACAAAAGUUUUGGAAGAGACAUUCCUACAGAAGACUCGGGAUGAAUGGUCAAGCAUUUUCGAAGGGCAGGAUUGUUGCGUGACGCCCGUUCUAGAUAUUCAUGAAGUCGGCACGUACGGACAACAUGUUGAUCGUCAAAACUUUACAAAAAAUGACAAGUUUGGUAGCACAUGGAUAGCAAAACCUUCUCCUAGAGUAAAGACGCCGGAGGAACUGUUUGCGGCGCGGUCCAAGCUGUGAAAUUGUAAUCUUCUCUCUUCUUUUUUCGCAAAAUGUUUAUUCUAUAUUCUUAGCUUUGGUUGCUUACUGACUUUUGUUUGUAUAAAGAUUUGGGCAAACUU